CACAAGAGUAGCACACAACUCUUGAAAAGACACUGAAACCCUAUACAGCUAAAGAGCCGCUGACUUACAGGCUAACAUCUAUGAACUUCAGUUGACCUACCCACUCAAGCAUCGAAGAAAAGCUAUUGAUGUUUCGCUACAGGUGACUUCUAUAGACCAUCUGAUAGCCUUGGAGAAUGCAAUUUACUACUCGUGUCGCCAUGUAUCGGAGUAUGCAACCACGCAGUUGCUUCGAAGUAAGAACAGUUUGUCACAACAGGCGUGAUUUGCCAUAUCUUCGAUAUAGUCUCUCCCCUCGCUUUAUUUCGGGCUGUUAUACUAGGCAGAGAUCUACCCUUCUUGAUACACCCAAGCCCACUACUCACGCAGGAUCGGCAUUAAGAAGGUUCAAUUCGCACCUACCGUACUCAUCACCAUCAGCUACCAAAUCACCCGGUACAGCGGAACGGGCCUCGGUAAUUCAUUACACUCCACCCAAGACAGGACUUGUUGCCUCUCUCCCUCAGUCUUGGAUACCGUACGCCGAACUGAUACGACUUGACAAACCUACUGGCACAUACUAUCUUUUCUUCCCAUGCGCAUUCUCAACACUUCUCGCGGCGCCUAUGGCAUCGUCGACCCCUUUGCAAGUCCUUGGGACGAUGGGACUGUUUUUAACGGGAGCUUUGAUCAUGCGAGGCGCCGGCUGUACAAUCAAUGAUUUAUGGGAUAGGAAUUUGGAUCCACAUGUCGAACGCACCAAGUUUCGGCCAAUUGCUAGAAGGGCAGUAUCCCCGCGCAAAGCUGUAGUGUUUACUGGGGUGCAGUUGCUGGCGGGUCUGGGCAUUCUUCUUCAAUUCCCAACGCUGUGUCUUUGGUAUGGGAUACCUAGUCUGCUUCUUGUGACGACUUACCCUCUCGCAAAGCGCAUCACGUACUACCCGCAAGCCGUUCUGGGCCUAACAUUUUCGUGGGGGGCGAUGAUGGGAUUUCCUGCGCUGGGAAUAGAUCUUCUAAGCAACCAUUCUGCCUUGGAGUCAGCAGCACUACUCUAUUCUAGCUGCGUUGCUUGGACAAUUCUGUACGAUAUGAUCUACGCCCAUAUGGACAUAAAGGAUGAUGUAGCGGCAGGUAUCAAGUCCAUCGCUCUUCGUCAUGAACACAAUACAAAAACUGUUCUUUCUGCUCUAGCAGUUGUCCAAGUGGCGUUGCUUGCUGCAGCCGGCGUGUCGGCUGGCGCUGGACCAGUCUUUUUUAUUGGCAGCUGUGGCAGCGCGGCUCUUUCUCUUGGUAUGAUGAUAUGGAGGGUUCAGCUAAAAAAUGUCCAGAAUUGCUGGUGGUGGUUCAAGAAUGGUUGUUUGCUCACUGGAGGUGGCAUUACCUUGGGGAUGUUGUUCGACUAUAUAGCGCGUGCGACUGAUUUGGACGAGAAGGAUACCAGAUCAUCCCAAGUGUUCACAGACGCAACUUCCAAAUCCAAUGGAGAGGCAGGUGAUCGGCCAAUAUUGUAGCAUUAGAUCAUUAUGUUUAGACAUAUCUGGGAUCUCAUUGUCGCAAGGGAAGA